AUGCACCCUUGGCUAGCAACCCCAUCCGCACGUCAGACGACUUCAGUGGGCCAAUCGCGUCAGCGAAUCUCGGCAGCGAGAAACUUCCUCCAUAUCCUCGCAGAUCCAGUAGAGCCUGAUAUUGACCUAUGGUGUCUAGUGCUAAGCAGCCGCAAUAGCAUUGUUGCCGUUCACGGCCUGAAUCCUUGGGGUAGGAAGCUGCAUGCAGCAGCCACCUGGACCGCGACUGCAGGAAGUCUAUGGCUCCGGGAUUUCCUCCCAGCUCGGCUUCCUCGAGCCAGAAUAGUGAUGUUUGACUAUAACUCAAACGUUACUUUCCAAAGCUCGACUGCGGGCGUCCUGGAACAAUCGCAGAGUCUUCUCAAUCAAUUGGAACUCGCUCGUGCUGGCAAACCAAACCGUCCAUUGAUUUUCAUUUGUCACAGCCUUGGCGGUAUCCUAGUAAAGCGGGCCUUGAUCAGUGCAAAACAAAGCGAUGUCUACAGGAGUAUUGCGGACCACACAUUCGGCAUUGUCUUCUUUGGCACUCCACACGGAGGCGGCAAAAUAGCCGAGACUGGAGACCUUGUUGCCCGUAUUGUCCGCAGAAUAAGCGGGCGGCCAAAGAAUAGCUUCAUGAGUGCACUCAGGAAAGAUUCAUCGCUUGCAAACACGAUUGCGAAUGAUUUCCGCCAAUUUCUCGAGGUCUUCCAAUUCCAGAGCUACUAUGAGACGCGGCCAUUGAAAUACUUUGGAAUUGUUGUAGACCAGAAAGCCGCCGUCUUGGGUCUACCAGACACUCGUGAAAGGUCCAUUGGCCUCGACGCUGAUCAUUACGACAUCUGCAAAUUUGAAAGCCAAUCCGAUCCCGUCUACCGACAGGUUGAAGAAAAUAUCGCCAGGAUGGUCAACGAAGCUGUCAAGCGCUUUGAAAUUGGAAGAAGUAUCCCUAAAGUCGCGGCAGACAAAUCUAUCAAUUGA